AUCCCAAAUCUUUUUUGAUCCUUCGAAUAUCUCUUCAACAUCAAGAUCUCUUGUCAGCCUUUCCACAACCUUUCAAUAUCCUCUCUUGCUUAGAGUGCAGAUCAACUUCGAAUAUCAAGAAAUAUAACUUUUCAUCUUCUCUUAAGAAACACCCAGACAUCAUGAGCCUCAACUCUGACUCUUCUUCUUCCUGUUCGUCAUUUUUUUCCACAACCUCGAGCGAUGAGGAAGUGACUCGGUACUCGGUAAUCGAGGAGAGCGCCGCGUGCACGAGUAUUCCCAUCUACGGUGCCUUACCCGACAGUCAGCGCGGUCCAUCAGCUUCUUCUCAUCGCGUCGAAAGGUGCAACUCAGCACCUGCCGAGCUUUCUCGACCUGUCCGACAUGAUAUUUCUCAGGCUCAGGCUCAGGCUCAAUCCGAAUCAACUUCUCAGCCGGAUUUGAGCCUUAUAUCAAUCUUUGGGAAUCGAGCAUAUUUGUGUCCAGAAGAUUUCGAAGCUGAUAAAUCUGAUGUUGAAACUUCGAGAUCUUUCUGCACUGACGACUCGGACAGAACAGCCACAAGCAGUUCUGACCAGACCCACCCCUCUGGAGCGGCAACACCUGACGAUGUAUCAUCCUCCUUGACCGGCUCCAAGGUUGAUAAAUUCUUCGACGACGAUGUAACCUUCCCUGCUCCUCCAGCCAUAGUCGAAGGGUCCUAUUUCCCCCUAUCAGAAGAAGUGAAAUGGGAAGACUGGGCUCGACGGAGAAUAUUAAAGAUGAUCGAGAGAGAGCCUUGCGGGGACCACAUUCACGACGUCAAAGCUUCUGCCUUCCCUCAUGCUAUCAUGCAAGAUGUCAUCAAAUGGUUGAUUAAUUUUGAGCAUUGCUUCACGCGAUAUCCGAACCUGAAUCUUCCUACCAGACACCGAGCCAUCAUGCUCUUUUGCCGCUUUUGCUCACUAGCAACUGUACAAACCGAAACCGAAGAACCCAAAGUCAUAGCCCACAAAAUUGGCGUGGCUUGUCUAGCACUGGCUUGUAAAGUCGACGUUGAUUCCCUGAGACCAUUGACUGUGGUCCAGUUGAAACUGUGGGCAGAGUGUGUACUGCGUGCUGGAUGGGUUGCUGUAUCUUCGCAAGAACUUCGUGCAUUACUGUCAACGAUCUUGCAGACGUUGUCUUAUCAGGUCACAUUCCCGACUCCAUGCGACUUUCUCGCUGAGCUCGUAAUUGCGGUACCGAUGCUGGAUAGCUUGACGAAUCAUUGCUUAGAAGACUGGGAGAUUAUUGGUGAAGAGUUCAGCUUGACAUAUGACCACGCAUUUCGUCAUCCGGAGUAUCUCCAUCAUCGCACCGCCGUCUUGACAGUUGCCAUCGUGUUGCUCAGUCUGGAUGAAUGUAUAUUUGAUCAUCCAGGUCCACGAACUAACGCGCGUGGGCUAGCUUGGUGGAGGGGUGAUGAUGGAAUCUGGACAAGAACAAGGGAAAAAGAUUCACUGGAACCAACACACUACAAUCUUGCUAGCGAUGUGGAGGAGGGAAGCUGGGUUACCCUGAUCAGAGAGGUCAUCAAGACAUCAAUAUGUGAGAUCAUGGGCUUGGAUGAGAGUGAAGUAGAUCGGUGUAAACAGUGGUGUGUUGCUCUUUGAGUGGGUGGAUAUUCAUUUGUUCAGUGGAGGGCCGAUAAGCUACGAUUUUUUCUAAUCAAUUCAUCAAUAAGUCAAUCAUUACCAUAUAUUAAUAAUCCAGUGAAUUUUGCUGAUGCAAAAAGAUGACAAUCGUAGUGAGUGUCCUCUGAUCAGCUGAUAUGCUGAAUUGAACAUACCUUGUGAUUCACAAAGAUAUGGGCCUGAUCCAACAAUUUGUGGAUAUACCAUUGGUUUCAAGAGCUGCUAUGCAAUGUGCCUUUGUUGAUACU